AAUAGGAUAUUCGGAAACAAAGAUGGAGCCUCGAGAAGAGAUUUCUUCGCCUAUACAGAUGCCCAUGGGCUUUUUAUAUGCCGAAUCCCUGGAAACUUGACAUUUAUCAGACUGUUAGGCUUGUGAUAAAGAAUUGAUUGAAACCCAGUUCCUUUUCUUUGUUCUUUUUUUACUCUCUAAUUCGCCAUGGACGAAUCGAUUCGAGGUACUCACGCCCUCAAAGAUGAUUUAAAACCUGACAACGACAGUGCUACUAGGACAGUUGGCCAGUCAGAUGGAAGGGAAGGUUCGCCGUCACCCGAAGAGGAAAAAGAAAAAGAAUGGCAGUUUCUGUCUCGGCUCAAAGAAUUCCAUGACCGUGAUCUGGCAUCGGGCCUAUGCAAAAAAGAGCUGGGCGUGACAUGGAAAGAUCUCACCGUGAGAGCGACAAGUAUGGAAUCUGCCGUCAACGAAAAUGCUUUGUCUCAGUUCAAUGUCUUAAAACAUCUUCGACGAUCUCAUCAAAGAGCACCACUUCAAACCAUCUUGGAUCGAAGCCACGGGUGUGUGAGACCUGGCGAAAUGCUUCUGGUCCUGGGUCGUCCGGGAUCCGGCUGUACCUCGCUUUUGAAAAUACUUGCCAACCGGCGCAAAGAAUACAGCACCGUGGAGGGAGAUGUUCGGUACGGCAAUAUCAGCCAUAUUGAGGUAGAGAAGAAGUAUCGUGGUCAGAUUGUUAUGAACACGGAGGAUGAGAUUUUCUUCCCAACCCUCAGUGUGAAUGAAACUCUUGACUUUGCGGCGCGCCUGAAGACCCCAUUUCACUUGCCAAAUGGAGUUCAGUCUUCCAAAACUUAUAAGGAUGAGAUGAAGGAAUUUCUUCUGGCUUCGAUGGGAAUCUCCCAUACUGCGGAAACCAAGGUUGGCAACGAGUACGUCCGUGGUGUUUCAGGGGGUGAGAGAAAGCGUGUUUCUAUUGUGGAAUGUAUGGCUUCCAGAGGCUCGAUCUUUUGUUGGGAUAAUAGUACGCGCGGUCUUGAUGCUAGCAGUGCAUUAGAAUGGACAAGAGCAGUGCGUUCUAUGACUGAUGUUUAUGGGCUUUCAACAAUUGUCACCCUUUACCAAGCCGGCAAUGGGAUUUACAACCUCUUUGACAAAGUACUUAUCUUAGAUGAAGGGCAGCAAGUCUACUAUGGUCCAAUGAAGAAGGCACGGCCAUUCAUGGAAGAACUUGGGUUCCUUUGCCAGGAGGGCGCGAAUAUUGCAGACUACCUCACAGCAGUUACAGUUCCAACAGAGAGGGUGAUCAUACCAGGCUUUGAAGCAAAGUUUCCGAAAAAUGCAUAUAUGCUACGGUCUGAAUAUGAAAAGUCAGAUAUCCACUCCGACAUGAUUGCGGAAUACAACUACCCUGAGACCAAAAUCGCGGCAAACCGAACAGAGGCAUUCAAGGAAUCUGUUGCAUCCGACAAGCACAAGCACCUACCCCAGAGCAGUCCACUGACUACAAGUUUUCCCAACCAGGUAAUCGCCUGUGUUGCUCGCCAAUAUCAGAUACUUCUCGGUGACAAGUCUACUCUUCUGAUUCAACAGACAACCACACUGAUUCAAGCCCUUCUCACCGGUUCAUUGUACUACAAUACCCCCGGAGAUUCCUCUGGUCUGUUCACUAAAUCCGGUGCCCUUUUUUGGUCGGCUCUCUACAAUGCCUUGGUAUCAAUGUCUGAGGUCACCAACUCCUUUAGCGGCCGGCCUGUCUUGGUUAAACACAAGGAGUUUGCUUUUUUUCAUCCCGCAGCGUUUUGUAUCGCACAAAUCGCAGCAGACAUACCAGUCAUCUUGAUGCAAAUUACCAUCUUUGCGUUGGUAGUGUACUUCAUGGUCGGUCUAAGCCUAUCAGCUCCCUCGUUCUUUACGUAUUGGGUUUUUCUCUUUUCUACAGCAAUGUGCACAAAUGCUCUUUUCCGUGCAGUUGGGGCAAUCUUCAGUUCCUUUGAUAAUGCGUCGAAGAUCUCGGGGUUGCUGCUCUCCGUCAUGGCCGUAUAUGCGGGCUAUGAGAUUAAAAAACCACGUAUCCACCCUUGGUUCGUAUGGAUUUACUGGAUAAAUCCAUUGGUUUACUCCAUGGAGGCACUCAUGACCAACGAACUGCAUGACACAACGAUCGAUUGUGUUGGUAACAACCUCGUUCCCAACGGGCCGAAUUAUAUCGGAGAACCUGCAUCUUGUGCUGGUGUGAGUGGUGCUGUUCAAGGCGAAACAUCCUUGACUGGUGAUCAGUAUUUACAAUCCCUGAGCUUUAAUCACCAACAUAUGUGGAGGAACAUGGGUAUUCUAUGGGCUUGGUGGGUGCUCUACGUUGGCAUCACAAUUGUCGCGACCACGAAAUGGAAGACAGCUUCCGAACGUGGAGGCUUGCUUCUCAUUCCCCGAGAGAAGCUCAACAAUCACAAAAUGAUAAAAUAUGUUGCUGACGAAGAAUCGCCUACAUUGGAGCUCAAACUCCCGCACAAUACUUCAUUGCCCGUGGAAAACCAAGGCAACGACAAAGAUCUAGAUGGGCAAUUGGCCCAAAAUACGUCAAUUUUCACAUGGAGAGACCUUUCAUACUCUGUCAAAACACCAUCGGGAGAACGGUUGCUUCUGGACAAUGUGCAUGGAUGGGUGAAACCGGGAAUGCUUGGGGCAUUGAUGGGAGCUUCGGGAGCCGGUAAAACGACUUUAUUGGAUGUCCUGGCACAACGGAAAACAGAAGGCACCAUUCAUGGAACAAUAAGGGUGGAUGGCCGCAUGCUUCCAGUCUCAUUUCAAAGAUCUGCUGGAUAUUGCGAACAACUUGAUGUCCAUGAGCCCUAUGCCACAGUUCGUGAAGCUUUGGAGUUUUCGGCUCUCCUACGCCAACCUCAGGGUAUUUCGAAACAAGAUAAGUUGAGAUAUGUUGAUGUUAUCAUUGAUCUCCUUGAACUCCACGACAUUUCGGAUACGUUGAUUGGAAAGGUCGGUGCUGGUCUCAGCAUUGAGCAAAGAAAACGCGUCACGAUUGGAGUCGAGCUGGUUUCAAAGCCAAAGAUCCUUAUAUUUUUGGAUGAGCCGACGUCAGGUCUUGACGGGCAGUCUGCAUAUAAUACAGUCAGGUUCCUUCGAAAGCUUGCUGAUUUAGGUCAGGCUAUCUUAGUCACUAUUCAUCAGCCUUCGGCUCAGUUAUUUGCUCAAUUCGAUACAUUGCUUCUUCUUGCCAAAGGUGGGAAGACAGUAUACUUUGGAGACAUUGGAAGAAAUGGGCAAAUUGUCAAAGAUUAUUUUGGACGCCAUGGUGCGCCCUGUCCUGCUCAUGUCAACCCAGCAGAGCACAUGAUAGAUGUUGUGUCAGGUAACAUUCGUGAGAUGGCCGGUGUGGACUGGAGUCAAGUCUGGCUUGAUUCGCCAGAGUAUGGUCAUAGACUGGGCGAAUUGGACCGCAUGGUCGAGGAUGCUGCAUGCAAGGAGCCCAGCAUUGAAGAUGACGAUAAUGAGUUUGCGACGUCUCUUUGGUCCCAAAUAGUGAUUGUGUCUAACCGGAUGAAUAUGGCAUUAUUUCGGAACACGCGGUAUAUCAACAACAAGCUCAUUCUCCAUAUCGCAAUGGCAUUGUUCAAUGGCUUCUCAUUUUGGAUGAUUGGGGAUACUGUUUCUGACUUGGAACAACGGCUCUUCACUAUAUUUGUCUUCAUUUUUGUGGCGCCUGGUGUGAUAAACCAACUUCAGCCAUUGUUCAUUGAGCGAAGGGAAAUAUAUGAUGCCAGGGAGAAGAAGUCCCGCAUGUAUUCCUGGAAGGCUUUUGUGACUGCUCUUAUUAUCUCCGAAUUUCCUUAUCUUUGCAUCUGUGCGGUUUUCUACUUUUUCUGCUGGUAUUAUACAGUGGGGUUCCCAGCGGAAACAAAUAAAGCUGGCGGCGUCUUCUUCAUCACUCUGGCAUAUGAAUUUCUCUAUACUGGCAUCGGUCAAGCCAUCGCAGCUUUUGCACCCAACGCAGUCUUUGCGUCCCAUGUCAACCCCCUGGCAAUCAGCAUGUUGGUCUGCUUCUGCGGAAUCUUGGUGCCUUAUGUCCAGUUAACUCCGUUCUGGAGAUAUUGGAUGUACUAUCUUGACCCAUUCAACUAUAUGGUUGGUGGUCUGUUAGUCUUCAGUGUAUUCGAUGCAGAAGUCAAUUGUGCAGAAGAUGAAUUCGCCAUUUUCGAUCCCCCACCCAACUCGACUUGUCUGGAAUAUCUGACUCCCUACCUUGAGCAGAUGGGGCUCAGGCCUAAUCUUGUUAAUCCUGAUUCCACCUCCGCUUGUCGUGUUUGUCAGUAUCACAGGGGCAGUGACUACUUGUAUACGGUCAAUUUGAAGGAUUACUUUUACGGUUGGAGGGACGCUGCCAUUACUGUCAUUUUCAUCAUCAGUUCUUAUGGACUGGUUUUCUUGAUGAUGAAACUUCGAACAAAGGCUUCCAAGAAGGCGGAAUAAAUGAGAUUUAUCGGAUUUAAGAGACGGUUCAAGGUUUGAAGAACAUGCUGUGUUAGAGUAUACCCUUCAGUGGUAUUUGCAUGAAU